GAACCGAUUCCUUCCUCACAACGUGGUUGCUGAGUCCGAGGUGCUGCUAGCAGUUAUAACUGGUACUUUUCCCGUUUGUGAGGAUGAAACGCUAAGUACCACUCGGUUUGAGCGCGGCUCAGAGUACCAUGCGGCUGCAGGCUAAGCCAAGAAGUCAGAUCUAGGGCCGUAGCUGCUGCUUCUUCGUUUUUACAUCCUCCAAACUAUGGCAGCCAUGAAUGAAUGGAUGAAGAAAGGUCCCUUAGAAUGGCAAGAUUACAUUUACAAGGAAGUCAGAGUGACAGCAAGUGAGAAGGAGUAUAAAGGAUGGGUUUUAACCACGGACCCAGUCUCUGCCAAUAUCGUCCUUGUGAACUUCCUUGAAGAUGGCAGCAUGUCUGUGACCGGCAUUAUGGGACAUGCUGUGCAGACUGUUGAAACUGUGAAUGAAGGGGACCAUUGGGUAAGAGAGAAGCUGAUGCAUUUGUUCCUGUCUGGAGACUGCACGGCAUACAGUUCUGAGGAUCUGGAAAAGAGAAAGAACAACCUAAAGAAAUGGCUUGAGAAGAACCACAUCCCUGUCACUGAACAGGGAGAUUCAUCAAGAGCUCUCUGUGUGGCUGGGGUCCUGACUAUAGACCCACCAUAUGGUCCAGAAAACUGCAGCAGUUCUAAUGAGAUUAUCCUGUCCCGUGUUCAGGAUCUUAUUCAAGGAUAUCUUACAGCGUCCCAGUGAGAGGCCAAGAACUAUGGACGCACUGAUCUGAGACUUCCUUUUUGUCCUUCGUAAAAUGUUUUGAAUGUUAAGGCCAUCAUAAUACAGGACUUUAAAGGCACACACCUGUGUGUGUGUGAGUUUUAAUUUAUAGUUUUGGUAAAACCAAAGAUGUGGAUUAUGAGUGCUAACAAAUAAGUGAGCUGUGACAAGGAUAACAUCAUGUGCAACAAAAUUAGCACAGGGACAUCAGAAUUGUCUUUUGAUGGGGCUAGACUUCCAUUUUUGUUAGGCAAGAAAUGUAUUUAUAAAAUGUAUUAAGUCACUUGCACUGACUGUAUGUGUCUCUUUAAGUUUCUAUUUUUAUUUUUUGGUGUAAUGAUCAAACUUGAAACUUGAAAGUUUUGGCUAUUGUUAAAUAUCUCAACCUAUAAGCUUUAUAACUCUCAAAGCCUUUCAAGUGAGAAAAGGCUGGUGUCUCCAAGGGAAAACGUUAAAUGUGAUGAGUAUUCUGCAGCUGAACCCAGCAGUUUCUUGGCUUGGUGGAGUACACCCAGGCUUCUGACUCGGGCUGCUUUCUGCGUGGAGUCCCCACACCCUAGGGUAGGCUUCACGGAGCGGGGAGAGUACAGGAAGUGUGCUUUGCUCCACCUGACCCGUGGAAGCCAGUCAGGGUCAGGACUCUAGGUGUCUGACCAAGAAAGUCACCUCAGAUUAUUAGUUUUGGGGUUUUGUUUAAGGGCAUGUCUAGAAUGCUGCAAGGUUAGGUUAGAACCCCGAGGCCCUAACUCGCUAGGACAAGGGUCAACAAAUUGUGGGCCCUUGGGACAAAUCCAGCCUGCUGCCUCCAUUUGUUUAGUUUUAUGGGAACACACAGACUAGUUUAUGUUUUAUGUACAGCUGCUUCUGAGCCAUUGGCAGAGUUGAGUAUUGGGAAAGAAAUGAUGUGGCUUACAUAUUUAAGAAAAAUAUGGCCCUUCACAGGGUCCUUCCCUCACAACUUUAAAGUUCCACAAUCCUCUGAGUGAAAUUCAGUGCAUAGCCUUUUUCCUUGUGACCCUGGAAUGUCUGCAAAGCAAAUAGGGGAAGGGGAAUAAAAUUAAAUUUAGCAUGGGAACAAUGCUGACAAAAUGAGGGCUUGAGUAAACCAUCUAGGAAAUUAUUCCCAGUAUCAUUCAGGCUUGGUCCUUGGCCCAGGGACAGGUGCCUGGGUGUCGGUGGAUUUAUUGCUGCCUGGCUUAAUGAGCUGGGGACAGAGACUGUUUCUCGGCAACUGAGUCUUCUGAUUGUUAAACAAUUUGCCCGUCUGCUGAAGCGGGUGAGUGAUCUGGCUCAGCCUGGGAAACCAGCCUGCUUAGGGAGUUGCCCCAGCCCCUGGGGCUAAGAUUCUCCCCCAGGAGUCUAACUAAACUUUUCAGAUGCAUCGUCUGGAUCCAGAGGCCAAGGAGAUUCCACCCCAAAGUUGGCUCUGCUCCCUGCCAGCUGGAGGCAGUAGCCAGGGCAGUCUCUGAACACACUGGGUAUCCAGAACACUUCAAAGGUGGUUAGGAUUUUCACCAGGUACUUUUUGGUUCACUUGGAGCAAAGCUUCCAACAUUUGCACCGAUUUGUUGCUAUCCCAUUGUUCACCUGAUUUCCUUAAAUGUCUUCACCUUUUCCUAAAAAAGUUAUUGCUGAAAUAGUUUUUUUCCAUGAAUUGUUUUUAAAAAAUUGUUAGUGAGAAAUUUAAAACAUUUACAAUCAUUGUAUUUGAUGACAACUGCUGAAACUUUCAUGAUGCCUUAAAGAAGAUUCUAGAAUGCUAGAGUCAGAGGUAGGGGUUACUAUAAUUCAUGCUUACAUUUUGGGAGAAAUCAGAGCAGUGAAGGACACUAUAGUUACAUAUACUUAAUCGCUUCUACUGCCAAGUCCAAGUGUGUUUUUUUAAACCACUUUAUUGAGAUAUAAUUAACAUAAAUGGCUCUACGUAUUAAAUGUAUACAACGUGGUAGGUUGGAGAAACUAUCACAGUGUUUGCCAUAAGCAUACCCAUCACCUCCAUAAAUUUUCUCCUGCCACCUUUAUUACACAAUUGGGUUUCAUUGUUCAAAUAAAAUUAAAGGA